CCCUUAUCCUGGAGUUAAAGAUAGAGAAAAAUUGGAUAAAUUGGCCGAUUAUGGUAAUAAAAUCCUGGCUUUAAUUUUUGUUGAAGAUAAAUUAUUGGCAGCCGAAGAACUACUGAAAAAGUCUGGGGUAGAUAAUGAAGAAUAUCAAGAACUUAUUAGCUCUUGUAAUGAAAUUAUUACUGUUUCUGAAAGUGGGGAUGAGUAUGCAAAGGAAAUUUUGAGUUUAGAAAAAGAUGGUAAAAAGUACAGCAAAUUAAUAACUGAUGCCAUUAGUGAGUUAGAAAAAAAAAUAGGAGGUCGGCAGGAAGAGAGCGAAGAAAAUUUAGGUGCUGGUGGUAGUAGUUCUAGUAGUAACGGUGGUUCGGCUAAUGAAGUUGUAGAAAAGUUAAAAAAUGAUGCCGAAGAUUAUUACAUUAAAAAGGCUGACAUCCGCGAACGAGGAGAUAUUGUUAAUAUUAUGAAUCAUGUUAAUGGUGACCUUAUUCCUGCCAUAAACAAACUUUCUGAGGCUGAUAACUUAGUUAAAGCAAUCGAAAUUCCUCUGGAUAUUAUUACUGGAAGAGGAGACGCCGGCAUAAUCAUCAAUAAUGGUCAGGAAGAAAGCUUAGGUGAUAGGCAUUUUGCUAGUUAUAAUAUUGAACCAGUAACGAUAUCUCUGACGAAUGGUAAUGACAUAGUUAUUAACAGAGUCCUCCUCAACUACCGCCGUGACAACUUUGACCCCUAUGCUUGCAGAAACGAGGAAGAAAAAGACCUUGCGCUUCGGGCUGAAAUUCCGGGUUUUGUUGACGAGAAUGAUAUUGAUAAUGACCGAAUGAUUGGUGAAAGCAAAAUUGUUCAAAUUGGCAGCGCUAGUUAUGAAUUAGGAGUCUAUGAUGAUUAUACUUUAACCGCCGCUGACGGUCAAAAAUUUUAUUUCUCUGAACGUAGUUUAUCGGCUCUUCUUUCGGAGGCCAGAUGUCUGUCCCGUACUUCUCACGGCGGCCACACAAACCCCGAAGUUUUUAGGUACAUAGUUAAUGAUAUAAAAGAACAUCCAGAGUUCUGUAAAUUAGCCAUGGAAGAACAAGAAAAAAUUGAUAAUGAACUGCAAACUUUGCUUUCGUUGAUAAUUGCUAAAGAGCAUAAGAAAAAUUUGUCGAGUUCAGAAUUAGUAAUUUCCCAAUUAGAGGAAUGCCGACAAUUAUUAACUGACAUUCAAACUAUUCUAACGAAAAAUGAAGACAAUAUUGCCGAGUUUUUAACCAGUGAGGAAAAAGAAAGGAUCAAAAUCUCUCUCAAUAACGCUCCCCAGAUUUUAAAAGAAAUUAUUAAUGAUAAUGGCCGACUAUUUGAUAAGGCUUGUUUAGUAAAUGAAUAUCUUGAAUACUAUGACAUUGAUAAUUUAAAAGUUGGUGAAUUAGCAACUGCCCGCCAGUUUUACAAAGAAUUUAAAGGCACAUUAGAAGAAGAAGUUAAAAAUGAAAUUAAAAGUGAAUUAAAGUCGGCGGUGGGAUUAAAAAGGAGUUUGGAAGAAUUGAAUACCGCGGCCAUGAAGCCUGAUGUUACUUAUCAAGAAUUAAAUUGGAGUUGGAUUGACUAUUUGAGCAAGCGAUUGCCGAAGAAAAAAAAUAAUGGAUAUCAAGCUCCUAAGUUUGCUGGUACGUUAGGAGGAAAAGAUGGCAAACUAGACAAAGAAUUAAUAAAAUUAACGGAGAAAAUAGAUAAUUUGAAAAGAUGGGAACAAGGCGCAGAUGUUGAAAUAGCAGAAUAUCCACCUUACACACAACCGUCGGCUGAGCCAGUUUACUAUCGGGGUUUCCGCCGCGUUUAUCGAGGAAAAGAAGCUGUUAAAAAAGAGUUAGAGCGAAUCAAAAGACUGGCCAAGAAAAACGCAGAUGAUUAUGAAAAAGCUGAGCAAAAAAUUAACAGUAUUUUAAUAAAGGAUAUCAACAAUGGUUAUGAUAAGAUUACGCCUUAUAUAACUGGUUUCGAAAAUGGUAGUGCUCCCGCAACUUUUGGUCUAGAUUUGGAGGCAAUUGAAGAAGAUAUUAAAAAGUUAAAAAAAAACAUUCCCCAAGACUACGACAGCAGUAACAGGUCAUUAAGUGAAGAAAACUUAUCACUUGUUCAACAGAAAGUCUUUGCCAAUAACAAGGACCUUUCAUUGAACCGCUUGUUAUGGCUGGAAAAGAAAUACUAUUUAGAAAAAAAUAAAGAAGAGCUUAAUGGGGUAGAAUUGGCAGCCAUUGAAGGGGUAAAAGAAAUCAAAAAAUGA